GAUUCCCAGACAAGCCAAAACAGUGACAUUUUUUUUCUAGUUUCUGUGCUUAAAUUGUCUACUGGUUAAAGGAAAAUUCCGAUCGGUCUCCGGUGACAAUAGACUGUCUAACUACGGCGUAAUUGUGGCCCCACAAUCGAUCCAAUUGCUGCGGACUCUUUGGCGAAGUCACCAGCGACUGCAACUGCACCAGCAACUUGUGCACAGUGCGGUCAGCGGCGUAACAUCGUCGGAAAAGGGCUUUCGGAAUCGGAGCACCCCGAGCUCAUUGGAAGAGCCGGUUGAUUGUGGUCACAUAAUGAGUGGCAGGUAUCGUGGUGGCAGCGGUGGACGCUAUGGCGGCGGUGGUGGAGGCCGCGGCGGAGAUGGCUACGGCGGUGGCGGUGGCUACAACGAUUUCGACAAUUUCCGCGGCGGCGGUGGAGGUGGUCCGGUAUUUAAUGACAACUUCGGACCCGGUCCCGGCCCAAAUCCUUUCAACAUGGGCGGCCCUCCCAACAUUUCCGGCAACGAGCUGAUGCAAUUAAUGAGUGCUAUGGCCAGCAACUUCAACAUGAACUCACAGCCCCCACAACCGAUGCGUCAGAGUUGCGGCGAAUUGCGCAAUCACCACUGUGGUCUCUUUGUGGAGCUAUCUGGCAGGCUGAUUAAGAAGCGGGUUAACCGCUUUGCAGAGCUUCGGGAUCGUAACGGUGGUGCCUGUCAGCUGGUGGUGCUGGAGGACAAGCAUCCGCGGGUGGCACGGCGCAUGAACAACAUGCCCGAAAACACCACGCUAACAAUUGUGGGCCAGGUGAUGCGCCGUCCACACAAUUCGUGCAAUCAAACUAUGCCCACGGGUGAGAUUGAGGUGGAGGUGCAGGACAUCCUCAACAUUCACUUCCCGACCAGCGGCACAAAACGGGCUGGAGACAAGCGCACUUACAGCACCAUGGUACAGCAACAAAGCAACCUGGGCAUCACCAGCACAGAGUACAAGAUAGCCAAAAACGAGAACAUAUUGAAGUACUUUGAGAACCGCGAUAUCACCUGCAACGACCUGAGGCGCGACGAUAUUGGCAAAGAGGUCACCCUAGUGGGUUGGGUUCCCUCAACAAAGAACAACAAAUUUCUGCAGCUUAAGGAUGGCUAUGGCCAGACGCAACUCAUGAUCGAGGACCAGGCGCUCAGCGAUACAUUUUUGUCCACGCCAGAGCAAACAGUGGUUCAGAUCGUCGGUAAAGUUCUGGGCAGACCUAAGGCCAAUAUAAACUUGAAAUAUGACACUGGUGAGGUGGAGGUCAGUGUGUCUACCGUAAAAAUCCUCAAUCCGGACGAUCCCUACGAAGGCCCCAUUAAGGCCAAGGAGAAGCAGCAAAAGCUCUCUAUCGAUGAUCUCGAGUCCGAAGAGACUGGCGCUGAGGUUUCUUCACGGGUCAGCACCAAUAACGGAGAGUCCAAGGAGGAUGUAGCGGACACAACCCACUCCGCAAACCUCUCCGCAAGUGCCGAGCAGCGAGUCAAGAUUGCGGAUACCAAUAAGUUCGCCGAUCGCACACACAAUUGCGGUGAGCUAUCAUCCAAUGACAUCAACGAAAAGGUCGUCAUUUGCGGCUGGCUGGAGUUCCAGAGGAUGAAUAAGUUCUUCAUACUCCGGGACGCUUAUGGCCAAACUCAGGUUCUCUUGCUACCCAAAACCACGGGUCUGGAGGAAUAUGUGGAGACGGGCGUGCCCAUCGAGUCGAUUGUGCGUGUGGAGGGUACGGUGAUACCUCGGCCAGCGGCUACGAUUAAUCCCAAAAUGCAAACCGGCCACGUUGAGGUCGAGGCCGAUAAGGUGGUCGUGCUCAAUGCCGCCAAGAAGAACUUGCCAUUCGAAAUCAGGAAGUUUAACCGCGCCGGUGAACGCUUGAGACUUACUCAUCGCUACCUGGACCUGCGAUUCAACGACAUGCAGCACAAUCUCCGCCUUCGAUCGGCUGUUAUAAUGAAGAUGCGAGAGUAUCUUAUUAACUAUUUGGGUUUCGUUGAGGUAGAGACCCCAACGCUCUUCCGACGCACACCCGGCGGAGCGCAGGAGUUUGUGGUGCCGACCAGGAAGGCGGGACACUUUUACUCGCUCGUACAGAGUCCACAGCAGUUCAAGCAAAUGCUGAUGUCGGGCGGCAUAGACAGAUACUUCCAAGUGGCUCGUUGCUACAGAGAUGAAGCCACCCGUCCCGAUCGUCAGCCGGAGUUUACACAAUUAGACAUAGAGCUCUCGUUCACCAGCCGCGACGACAUCAUGCAGUUGAUAGAGGAGACCUUGCGUUACUCGUGGCCAAAAGAUUUUCCCCGACUUCAAACUCCCUUCCGCCGCAUAACCUACGAAGAAGCACUGGAAAAGUACGGCAUAGAUAAGCCAGAUACUCGUUUUGGCUUCCUCCUCAACAACGUUUCGGAAAUAAUUGAAAAGAGUGGAAACUUUAAGGAAAAAUACGAGGAUUUCGGUGCUUAUGCCAUUGUCGUGCGGGCCAGCGAAGCCUUUUGGAAUGGCAAUGCCCGGAAGCAUUAUGACAGCCUGAGCAAGUUGUUCAAGGGCACGUUAUUCGUGCGCAAGUUUGGAGCCGCGAAGGAUGUGCAGGAAAAGCUGGGCAAGCUGCUUGGCGAGGAAGUAGCCAACGAAGUCGCUGAGAAGUUCGAUCUGGAGGAGAAUGAUCUACUUUUCUUGGGCAUCGGACCAAAAGAGGAAACGCGCACAUUGUUGGGUCGUAUUCGACUGGAUUACCACGAGUUUCUGGUGGAGAACGCCAAGGUGAAGAAGCCAAAUGACUUCCGAUUCCUCUGGGUAAUCGACUUCCCGCUGUUCGAGCGAAACAGUGAGACCAAACAGUUGGAGAGCGUGCACCAUCCAUUCACGCUCCCACACGCCGAUGAUCUUGACAACUUUGCCACCAGUUGCGAAAACCUGGAGACCAUACGCUCCCAAGCUUACGACUUGGUGCUCAACGGCCAGGAAGUCGGAGGCGGCUCCAUUCGGAUACACGAUCGCGACAUGCAACACUUUAUUUUAGAACAGAUUCUAAAGAUCCCACACGACCACUUGUCGCAUUUAUUAAGCGCCUUGGAAUCGGGCUGCCCACCGCAUGGCGGCAUUGCCCUGGGCCUGGAUCGUCUGAUAGCCAUCUUAUGUCGGGCUCGAUCCAUACGCGAUGUAAUUGCAUUCCCCAAGUCCUUGAAUGGCCGGGAUCCGCUCUCGAAUGCCCCAGUGCCCAUUUCCGACGAGGAAAUGAAGCUUUACCACCUUUCGGUGGCGGAGGAGGAGGUCAGCACAAAUAACUCAGCGCACGAACAGGAGGACGACGAUCCCGACCAGGAGCGUGCUCCGCCGUCGCCAAUGUCGGGGACUAGCGAUACCGAACAGCCAGAAAUGGAGGUGGACAUUAAAACAGAGCCGGUGGAGGAAUCCGUACAGCAGGAGGCGGAGACUGAGCCAGAUCAGCCGUCACCAGUUAAAGAGCCAAGUAAAGAAGAUUCCGCCGCUGAAGAGCCUCCGCCGGCUGAGCCAGCUCCGCCAGUGCCAGCGCCCACCCCCACCAGGGCCAGACGGGCUGUUAAGAAGAAGGUCUAGAGGUCUGUAGCCUUCACUAAUAUUACGGUAAGGGAUUAGCAUUUUACACAUGUAAGCUCAGUCAGUAGUCAGGACGGAGAAUAAUAGCGCAGAAACAAACCAGUCAACACAGCAAGAAAAAUCAUAGCAGUCGGGUCGGUUCCAUUAACUCGCGCUUACCCUUUUAUACAUUCAUAUUAUGUAUUCGCAAAGGCAAUAUAUGUACCCACCACACCGGAUCUUGUCGCCAGAUUGUAAUACCCGAACCUAGGACGUAGGACAUCCCGGCAUGCCAACAAGCCGACCCGACUGACCUGGCAACAUUCUACAAGUCCAUUUCGAAUUAUUAUGGCAACCCACAAAUUACAAUUUAUGAUAUAAACAAAUCAUCGGCCAUUAUAAUCAGAAUGUUUUAAGUAUGCAGCGAGUUUGAAUAAUAUUGUUUUCACAAUAAUCUGAUUAACGGUAAUCGGCUGUUUUGAACUCAAUUAUUAUAGCUACUAUUUAAUUAAUUUAUGUACUAUUGAUUAAAAUGCAAUUGUAUUAAACUGAACACCAUUGAAUUGUAUGCGGAAAUACCUAAUCCUCUGAGCAGUGCAUCUUUUGUUCAAGAAUUGUCCGAUUUGUACGUACAUAAUUUCCGCGUUGUAUUUCGAUUAAACACAUUUAACCCGCAAGAAACAAAUAAAGCAAUAAUAUCGGAACAUCAGUUAUAGCGCGGUAGCAAUCUAGCCAAA